AACUAAUCAAAAUCACCGCUUCGCGCAAUCUCGAACCCAAUAAUUACAUAAUCGUAUUUGCAAAGCCUUAUCAGUGCGAUAAAUGCACUUCUUGCGAUAAAAGCCGUGUUCCGUCUCUCCUGUCCACAAACCCUCGUUCCUUUCGCCCCGCCAGUAUUGUAAGAACCGUCGUUAGGAUGUUAUCUCUCAAGUCGCUCCCGAAGCUGAAGAGUGCGAGUCUCGAGCUCGCCCCCUUGUUCAAGCUCGCCCCGUGCCUCCAGAGCCGCGGCUACGCCGACCAUGUCAUCCCCGACCGGCUCAAAGACAUGCCCACGCACGCCAGCCCCCGCUUUUUCGACAUGGUGGAGUACUUCUUCCACCGGUCGUGCAUCCUGGUGGAGGACAAGCUGGUGGAGGACCUGGCCAAGGUGAAGGGCAGUCGGCUGACGCUGGAGCAGCGCAAGGCCAAGGUGAAGGGGAUUCUGACGCUGAUGGAGCAGUGUGACCACAUCCUGGAGGUGGCCUUCCCCAUCAGGAGGGACAAUGGGGAGUACGAGAUCGUGCGGGGCUACAGGGCGCAGCACAGCACCCACAGGACGCCCUGCAAAGGCGGUAUCCGUUACUCAAUGGACGUCUCCCGCGACGAAGUCAAGGCCCUAUCGGCCCUAAUGACCUUCAAAUGCGCAUGCGUCGAUGUGCCCUUCGGGGGCGGCAAGGCCGGCAUUAAAAUCAACCCAAAAGAGUACAGUGAGCACGAACUCGAAAAAAUCACGCGUCGUUUUGCCCUUGAACUGGCCAAAAAGGGUUUCAUUGGCCCCAGUAUUGAUGUCCCCGCCCCUGAUAUGGGCACCGGAGAGAGGGAAAUGUCAUGGAUCGCUGACACGUACUCGAAAACGAUUGGCUAUCAGGAUAUUAAUAGCCACGCCUGCGUUACGGGCAAACCAAUCAAUCAGGGCGGGAUUCACGGAAGGGUGUCGGCCACAGGGCGUGGCGUUUUUCACGGAUUGGAUAAUUUUGUUAAUGAGGCGGCGUAUAUGAGUCUGUGUGGAACGACGCCCGGAUGGGGCGGGAAAACGUUCAUUGUUCAAGGGUUUGGUAAUGUGGGCUUACAUACCAUGAGGUACCUGCACAGGGCCGGGGCCAGGUGCAUUGGGGUGCUGGAACAUGAUGGGUCCAUUUAUAAUCCCAAUGGGUUGGACCCCAAGGAAUUGGAAGACUACAGAAUGACCAACGGCACCAUUGUGGGCUUCCCCGGUUCCAAAGCCUACGAAGGUGACAGUUUAUUGUACGAGGAGUGCGAUAUUUUAGUGCCUGCGGCCACCGAGAAGGUUAUCAACAAGGAAAAUGCUCAUAAAAUUAAGGCCAAAAUUAUUGCCGAAGCGGCCAAUGGCCCCACAACCCCAGCCGCUGAUCAAAUUCUCAUUGAAAAAAAUAUUCUCGUAAUUCCCGACUUGUACAUAAAUGCAGGUGGUGUAACCGUUUCGUUCUUCGAAUGGUUGAAAAAUAUCAAUCAUGUGAGCUAUGGCAGACUCACCUUCAAGUAUGAGAGGGACUCGAACUACCAUCUGUUGCAAUCGGUUCAGGAGUCACUUGAGCGCAGGUUUGGAAGUGUGGGGGGCAAAAUCCCAGUGACCCCCAGCGAGUCUUUCAGUAAGAGAAUAGCGGGGGCUUCUGAAAAAGAUAUCGUCCAUUCAGGGUUGGACUAUACUAUGGAAAGAUCAGCUAAAGCUAUCAUGAAAACCGCAAUGAAAUUCAAUCUGGGCCUGGAUUUGAGAACUGCCGCUUACAUUAACUCGAUCGAGAAAAUCUUCAAUACUUACUCAGAAGCUGGACUUACCUUCUAAUUUUUUUUUCCUUUUAUUUUUUUUUGUUUUACCAGUAUUUUGAUCGUGCACUUGUUCACUCAUUUUAUGUACAUAAAUAAUACUUAAUGCAAUGCGCGCCAAUUGUUAUUGAUUUAUUUCAAUAAAAUUUCGAUGGUUAA